GAAGAGAUGCACCACCCACCCCACCCCACCCCAUGAGCUGCAAGCAGGCCUAGAGGGAGAACCAGGAGACAGUUUCAUGAUAGGAUAUGGAGCAAGCAGACGAAGCAUCGUCGGUGAACAAGGGGAGCCCAGAGCGGCUUACCAUCGACCAGGACGACGGCGCGUCGUGGCUGAGCCUCACGGUCGGCGCCAACGGGUCAGCCGAGGCGGCGGCAAACUGCUCCGAGCCUGAGCCUGACCCUGAGCCUGAGCCCAGGCCUUCUUCUGCUGCCCCACACAAGGUUUUCUCGUGCAACUUCUGCAUGAGGAAGUUCUUCAGCUCCCAGGCGCUGGGCGGCCACCAGAACGCCCACAAGAGGGAGCGCAGCGCCGCCAAGCGCUCCUACCAUGCACAGAGGAUGGUGAUGGGGCUGCCUCUCGAGGCACACGCCGCCUUCGUGCAGUCCCUGCGAGUCAGCCAGAGCUCAGUGAUUCAGAAGUCGGCCCAGCAAGCACAAAUCAGGACAGCGCCAAGGUUUCAUCAAGAUGGGAUGACCUGGGCAACGAUUCCCUGUGAGGAGGUGCUCAACUCGACAUGGCCGGGAAGCUUCAGAGCGAGGACGCAACCUUCAGAGCAACAACCAUCAGAACAAAGUAAGAUAGACUUGAAUCUCAGGCUUUGAUAGGUUGAUUGAUGUAUCAACUUUGAACAGUACAAAAGUCAUCAUCAAGUUUGUCCUCCUGAAUAAAUUGGCAUCAAGUGAUCAGUUAAGCUCAGCUCAGCCAUCAGAAUCAAAGAUGGUACUGAACUCUGAAGAUACUAUUGUUCCUCUUGAAUUCGUGGCGGCGCUGCUGCAAUAUUUAUGUAGCCAGAUACCUAAUACUAUGAUCAUAUGUAGUCUAGUUGACAUCGGUGUGAAGGAACCCAGGGAUUUUUUGUACUUACUAGAAGCAGCAUAUAUAAUGUCUCUGUCAGUCAUCCUCAUAUUGAAGGUUCUGCAAGUUUUUGUUUUCAUUAA